AUAUAUACCUCAUCAACCCAACUCACAAACACACAUCAGAGAACACAUCAGGCAAACAGAAAGACAGACUUUAGGAAGUGAAAAACAGAGCAGAUAGAAUUGUGAGCAGGGACAUUUUUUUUAAAUCAAAAACAAAAGCAACAAAAAUAUGCUGUUGGAGUGUUUCAUCUUUGGGGUUAUUACCUUUCUUAUGACAGGGGUUCAAUGUGAGGUAACUGAGGUGCUUGCUGAAGCAGGCUCUCAGGCUGUACUACCCUGCAAAUGUAGCCCUUCGCCCUCCAUGCCCCCCGCCAUCAUCUGGAGUAAAGCCGACAAAGGCACUGUUUGGAGAAAGGAAAAGAGCGGUCUGCAGUACCGGGGUUCUAGCUGGUCACAGAAAGGGAUCCAACGGGCACAAUGCCCCCACUCCCAGUUUGAAACAGGCGAUUACAGCCUGCAAAUCAACAACGUGAACGAGGAGGAUGGAGGAAUGUACUCUUGCAGGGUGGAACAUGGAGACCAGUUCACUAAAAACGAGGUCAUGCUCAGAAUCAUUAAAGUGUCUGUCUCUCCAUCGGGUCACAUAUGGGGCAACGACGUUUCAAUCAGCUGUGACGUGACUCCUUGGCCUUACGGAGCCACUGUGCAGUGGAUGUUGAACAACAGUCCAUUUGUGCAUCAGACUGGAAUCACCUCAAACAGAGAUACCGCUAAAAGUGUUGUGAGGGGAAAGGCAACUGCGAGACUGACAGGAAACUGGACCUGUGUCGUGGGCUACAAGGGCAUAGAGGGGCGAGCUUCAGCAAUGCUGACUGUGAAGGGAAUCAUCCAACCAUCCGAAGACAACACUAAAGUGUAUGCUGCUGUGGGAUCUGCAGUCACACUCCCUUGUGUGUUCUCCCCUGGUUUAAUCCCCUCUAACCAAGUCUGGGAUAAACUGAAACCUGAGUUUCUUUUUGAACCUGCUCCUGGUCAACUUCCCUCCUCUUUCUCUUCAUCCCCGCUGUCCUCUCAGCUCCCCUGGGAAAAGUCUGCCAGUUUGAAAGAGGUUGCGUUUGAGGAUGAUGGCAAGUACAGAUGCUCUGGGACCAUAGAAGGACAACGGUUGUCUCGAAGUAUGCAGCUUGUCGUUGCCAAAAUUGACAGCAGCAUCCCGUCAAAGAAAACGGGCUCCGUGACGCUGACCUGCCAACUGACGGACCCGAGCGAGGUCAUAGACUAUGAGUGGGUUCAUGUGGUCUAUGACCUCAAUGGCACCCAGUCAGUUGGGUCCAUCCAGAAGGGGAAGACUCUGAGUAUAACCAAGGUGUCCGAGGACAACUGGGGCGAAUGGGCAUGCCGUUUCUACGGGAAAGAGGGCAUUUUGGGAAAUGUAACAUACCACAUUCAACUGAUGAGUGGUCAGAGUGGACAAAAAUCGUCAGGUCUCUCACAAAACACUGCUGCCACAGUUGGUCUCAGCUUUCUCCUCCUUAUUCUGCUGCUGAUUUUGGCUCAGAUGUACAAGAACCACCAAAGGAGGAAAAGGCUCUUUCGGUACCCUGCGCUGGAGACGAUUGUUCACACCACCUCCAAUGAGCGGGAGGAGAGAGAAAGGAACCAAGUGAAAAAGUAAAGACACAUUAAAGGCAUCGCAGGAAAGUUCUUACAUCGCUAAACUGAAGUGAGAUCGAUCUUCAUUCCUGCAAUACAUUGGGAGACUUUUGUUUGCACAACAAAUAUAAUUAUUUUCAGAGCAGACGUUGUAGCAGUACUGUUGCUGAAUUUGAAAUGUUGUAUAUUAUCUUUGUAACUGUUUUCAAUUAUUCUUCUGUAUGUGAGAAUUUGUUUCCAUAUUUACAUGUUGAGAAUAAAAUGUUUCACAAAUAAAGUACAUUUAACAGAAAUAAAUCGGGUUUUAUUUAAUAUGUUAUAUACAAUCUAAAACUCUCAGGUCAAUGAGAAGGGAAAAUGAUUACUGAUAUAAAUAAUAUAUACAGUAAUUUAUAAAACUAAUGUUUCAAUAUAUUUACACAAAACACUGACCACAUGUAUGUAUUAUUCUAAAAAUAAACUACAUUAUUUUACAUUAAUUACAGAAUCAUUAUUAGCCAUAAAUUCAGAUUGAAGACGUUUGUGU